AUGGUGGUUGUCUUCUGGCUGUUUCUCAUGUGCGUUGCGAUCUGGCGCGCCGCCAAAAACAGUUCGCAGCAGCCGCCCCACCUCGGGAACCUCAACGGCAUGCGGCGCGGCGACAUGGAAGACCAGUGCGCGGUUCACAUCGCGCAGCUCAACGCACUCCAGCACGCCGCGCGGACGCGCACGCUGCGGUCGCGCAGCGUCCCAACCACGGAGGCGCCGACGAGCGUCUGGGUCCGACACCCUGCGUUCGCGUCGUCGUCGCUGGCAGCCACGACGUUCGUCACCUACGCGCCGCUGGAACUGACGUCGGGAUCGACGCCAAUGGUGAGUGACCUGAUUCCCGACUCGUGGGCCAUUGAUGCGUCGGACGCCGAGCGAAGUGGCUUUGUCGUCGCGCGCGACCAGCUCCUUGAGCCGUCACUCGCCUUCUUGGUGCAGUGCCAGUUGACGAGCUCUGCCAGCGCACGCGGGUCACGAUGGCGGGCGAAGAUGCGGUCGACGCCGGCGGACAAUGCGUACAUGCCGCACCCAUGCGCCACGUCAUCGGACGACUUGGACAAGCUGGAAGCUGUGGAGCGGCUCCUUGGGAAAGCCAUUAUCGACGGACAUGUUCUGCCGAUGCGCCUCUGCGUACCGCUCUUCAAGGCGCUGCUCGGCACACCCGCCAUGAUCCUCGACGUCCGCUACGUAGACGAGACGACGUACACGAGUCUCUGGUACAUUGCGUCGUCGGAGGUUGUCGACGCGCUUGCACUUGCCUUUAGCGUGACGGCGACCGACCGCACUACUGUCAUCGAUCUCGUCCCCAACGGACGCCACAUCAAGGUCAACGCGAGCAACAAAAAAAUCGGACGCCUUGUCCGCGGCUUUUACGCGGAGCUGUUCCGUGAGAUUGUGUCGGUCUUGGACCACAAGGAGCUGGAGCUGUUGCUCUGCGGCACGUUCGACAUUGACCUCGACGACUGGCGCACCCACACGAUCGUGUCGCGCUCGCUGCAGUGCACUACAACCCUCUUUGACAUGAGUGCUGCCGACCGCGCCAAGCUGCUGCACUUUACGACCGGCUCGUCGCGCGUUCCGCUGCAAAGGUUCAAGGGGCUUACGAGCCAGGACGGCAAGCUCUGCCUCUUCACGCUGCAGGCGACACCCUACAGUCGCAGGUGUCUCCCCAAGGUGCACACGUGCUUCAACCGCAUCGAUCUGCUGCUGUACCCGACCCGCGGCCUCGUGAAAAGCGCGCUCUUAAUGAUGCUGGGCGUCGAGUCGAUGGCGUUCACGCUCGAAUAG